UCCUGACGGAAUAGAAAAGCAUUUGUUCUUUUCUUGUUUUUAAAGGAAAAGUGAAACAACUGAAAUAUUCUUCAGUCAUAUUUGACAUAAAUGACGUAACAUUUUGGUCCAGCUGCAUCGAUCGGACGUUUUACCGGCUCCCUGCCAGCCUGACGUCCUCCAGACGCAGCGGAUGUUGUGGCGCUGCGGCCUCAUGCUGCUCGUCUCCAGUGAUGUAGGUCAGAAGGCAGCAGACACCAGCUCCACUGACACCAGCCUGAAAACCACAGGCUGCUUCUGCGCAUGGUCAGUGUCAGCCACCAUCCUCAUCCUCUCUCCGCCUUCCUCACUCGCCGUCCAGCUCCUCCAUCUCCGGAUGAAGAUGAUGAAGAUGUUCCCGGCGGCCGGAGCCAGGCUCGGCUCCAGCUCCAGCGGGUCGGUGAAGACAUGAACCGGAACCGGAACCGAUGGAGUCUCUGAACGCCGUGGAGCUCCGGGAGCUGCAGCGCCGCCGCUCGGCCAGCGGGGGGCGCCGCGCCGCCGCCGGAGGCUUCGAGAACGUUUCCUACCAGCAGGACGAGGAGCCGGACCAGCCGGAACCGGACGAACCGGAACCGGCCCGCGCCUGUCCGCCCAGAACCAGCACGCUGCAGGUUUCUCCAGAGUCGUGUGACGAUGAGGACGGCGCCGCCAGAGGAGGAGGAGGAGGAGGUGAUGAAGGUGUGGGCCUGGCGGCGCCGGGCCCGGCCGACGGCCGCUCAGCGGACCUGGGCUUCGUGGUGGCGCUGGUUCUGCUGGUGAGCGGCAUCGUGCUGGUGGUGGUGGCCUACACCGUCCCCCGAGACGCCGGCGUGGAUCCGGACUCUGUGUCGGCGCGGCAGAUGGAGAAGCUGGAGCUGCACUACGCCCGGCUGGGCUCGCACCUGGACAGGUGCAUCAUCGCCGGCCUGGGCCUGCUGACGCUGGGCGGGAUGUUCCUGUCCGUCCUGCUCAUGGUCUCCAUCUGCCGGGGCGAGAUGUACCGCCGCCGCGCCGCCUUCGUCCGGCCCAAAAGGACCUACGGCUCCAUCAACCUGAGGAUGAAGCAGCUGGCGACCGGGGAGGCGGACGGAGACGGGGUGGAGCGGGUUCAGAACUCAGAACCAGAACCGAGCGGAACGCCGGCUGCUGCUUCAGCUGCAUGUGGAGUUUAGUCAGAAUUGAUCCGGUUCGGUCCAGUUGGAUCCCAGCCGUCAGAACCAGGACCAUUCAUUCAACCAAUCAGAUGGCUUUGUGACGUUGGCAGACAGGAAGUGGAGCGAUGAGGUCCGAUGGACGAGGAUCCAUCUGGACAUGAUUACAGAUCAGAAUCUCUGGAACAAUUCGCUGAUCAACCAGGAUUUUAGUUUUUAGCUCAAAUUCUCCAGUUGAAACGAGACAAACUGGUUUAUUUUAACUUCAGUUUGUUUUCAGGAAAUAAUCAUUUAUUCUAAAUACAUUUUAUCUCCUCCAGCUGAUUUCUUUACUUCUAUAACCUUUUAAAACAAACUUCUUGCUGAAGAUUUACUUAAAUGUUGGUUUCAUCUUAUUUCCAGUAUUUUAACAUUUUUGCACUGGAAACUGAACUAAAAUACUUGGUAAAAUUUUGUUUUGCAGUAUCAUAAUUCCUGCUAUUUUAAUCCUAUUAAAGCUGUAAAAAGCACAUCGUUUAGAAACAAGACAUCUUGAAUAAUGUUUUAGUUUCAGACCAGAUAAACUUCAGUCACAUUAUAGACAGAAUAUACAUUUAAUUACUAUAAUAAUUAAUAAAAUAAAAUAGGGCAGAAAGAUGUGUUGCUUGUUCUUAAACAGAGGCGACAUUUAUUUAUUUAACUUCAGCCAUAAAAUAAAAACCAGGUAGAUAUUAAUGAACCCAGUAAACCAUGAAAUGUUCAGUUAUGAUCUACAACUGAAUAAAAAUAUGGAAAUUAGCUUCAGAUCUCUUGGAAAUGUCAGAUUUUUCACAGCCAGCCUGAAGCAAAGCAAAGAUAUUUGUUUCUGUUUCUCACUGUGAGAAAGUUUCCUCCUGGAUGCUAACCGCUAAACAUUAGCUUCACAAUAUAACCUAGAUGCUAACUGCUAAGUGUUAGCUUCAUAAAGUAACCUGGAUGCUAACCGCUAAACAUUAGCUUCACAAUAYAACCURGAUGCUAACCRCUAARUGUUAGCUUCAUAAAGUAACCUGGAUGCUAACCGCUAAACGUUAGCUUCACAAUACAACCUGGAUUCUAACCGCUAAAAGUUAGCUUCACAAUACAACCUGGAUGCUAACCACUAAAUGUUAGCUUCCUAAUAUAACCUGGAUGCUAACCACUAAAUGUUAGCUUCCUAAUAUAACCUGGAUGCUAACCGCUAAAUGUUAGCUUCCUAAUAUAACCUGGAUGCUAACCGCUAAACGUUAGCUUCCUAAUAUACAGACAGACACAGCUGAGGCUAUAAACAGACAGAAAAUAUAGAAAAGAAAAAAAACUGUUUUCAUAAACUGUUGAUGUUUUAAAAUGUUUGUAGUUUUUAUUUUGAAGAUGCUCAAAUUUAACCAUCAUUCAAACUAAACCUGCAUCUUUUGGCCUUUUUUACUGAUAUUUUAUCAUAUUUACAUCAUAACUUUAAAAUAAUUCUCAGUUUUCAUGUGAACAUUAUUUAUUAAACCAAACAGAAAAGAAAAAUAAAACAAACAUUCAAGGAGUUUCAGUUAGAAUCUGAGCUUUAAUGCAGUUUGAUUAUUAUGAAAUAUGAAAGUUUUAAGAAAAACAAAAUAAAGAUCCAGAGUGUCGUCAUUUGGACAGAAGCUGCUUUAACCUUUAAUAAUGUUUGUUUUUCUGCUGUAUUAAAUAUGAACUGAUGGUAUUAAUGUCAAAACGCUGCAGUUUGCCUUAACCAGAACACACUGCUGUGUGUAAUAUUAUGCUAAUGUAACCCAGUGUGUGUUGAACCAGUUAGCCAAGGGUAAUGUAGCCACACACACACACACACACACACACACACACACACACACACACACACACACACACACACACACACACACACACACACACACACACACAGUUUGCUGUAAUCUGCACAGUUUUAAUUCAAGUUUAACCUUCAUGGCUUAAUAUCUGGAUCAAUAAUCUGAUUGAUAAACUGAUGGAUGAUAGAUUAUAAUUUCUGAUUUUCUUUUCCAAAUAAAUUAGAAAUUACAGAAAUUAAUAUCAGAAGUUGGAUUGUAUUUCAGUCCUGUGUGCGGAGCGUCGAUAUUAUCGCCGUAAUAUCAGAAUAAAGACUUUUUUUUUUAUAAAAGUAAUAAAGUUACUUUUAUGAAAAAAGAAUCUGAUCAUUUAAUUCUUUAAAUC